AACGCCAAUUCACGGAACUAAGGGGCCUAACUUACUUAUACCUAAACAAUAAGUAAUAACCUAAAAACAUAGCUGAAGAAAAAAAGAAAAAGAAAAAAGAAAAAGAAAAAAGUCGUCUUUCUGCUGCAGACAACGAAUACAACAAGGAAACUGAAUGUCGAAUUCCAAUAAUUCUUCCUCUGCUACCAAACGAUUUCUAGGAUCCCCAAACAAACCAAAACCUAUGGACCAGCAAUUUAACUUUUAGGGUUCUUACAACCAAAAAAGAAAAACCUAAAAGAGAGAAAAAAAAAAAAAAGAGAAUAUCAUAAUCAGACUCGAUUCUCUAAUUUCAGGCAUGGAAAUCGAGGUCUCCAGAUCUUCGAAUCUGGUAUCGUCAUCCUUGGAUUUGGAGAGGAAGAUGGAAGCAGAAGAGAAGGAUCGGGUUCGGGUUAAGAGGAAGACCUUGCAAGACGUGCUCGAGCAGUGCCAGAGAGCUCUCGAAUUGCUUAGUAACACUGAUGAUGUUGACGAUGGUAAUGACUCUAACCGUGGAGGGAAGCUAGCUUUGGAGGAUGAGGAAGAGCCAGGCGGAGAGACUACUAGAUUGUCGGCUGGUGAUCGAGAAGCUGAGGAGUUGUGUGACCUUCUCAAAUCUAGAGUUGAAUGCCCUGACUUUCUCGAAAAGCUAGAGUCCGCUCAAAUGUCAGUUCCACAAACUAUUACUGAAGAAAGUAGUUCUUGGGCCAUGGUCAGUAAACAUGAUCUUUGGGGAGAUGAAACUGUUGAUUCUGAUCAAGAAGAUUAUGUUCUUGUUCGGCAAGAGGACAUAGUAGACGGCAUUGCUUGCUUCAUGGCAGCGUAUUUGUUGUCCCUUAAACAGACUAAGGACUUGACCCCUAACCAACUUCAGGAUGCCCUUAGCAAAACAUUCUCUGUAAAAAAGAAGAAAGGGAAGCUUCGGAAAGCAUGGGAUGGAAGCAAAGUCAUCUACAAUGUAGCAUCUUGGGGAGCAACUGCAAUCGGGAUUUACCAAAAUCCAGUAAUUCUUAGGGCUGCCACUAAAGCGUUCUGGACUUCUUGUCAUGUAAUAUCAAAGCUUCUCUGAUGUGCCUGUCUGGUAUUCGGAUUCACUGUUGUAUUUGUGCCUGUGCUGCAAACGCGGCAGAGUGCUCCUCCUGUUGUAUCUCAUUCUUUUCAUGUGUUGAAUUGAUUGAUUACUUGAAUUUAAUUUAAUAUUGUAAAUAUUUUUCAAGUGUUUACGAGUGCAAUUCAAAUUCAUUGGAAAAUCUCCCGACGGGGUUAAAGUCUCUUGACGAAAGUUGUGUCUUGAGACAAUCAUGUUGCCUCGAUUGUAAGCAUGCGUAACGUUGGGGUUUAGAAAUUGGCUUAGGUAUUACUUGUUAAAUAAAGGCAUCUUUGGUA